AUGACGGAUGGGGGACAAAAUGGGAACGCAGACUCUGCAACAGGGCAACAGCAACCGAUGCAAUUCCCUCGUCAUGAGCGUGGACCGUCUCGGGGCGGUGGUCGAGGCAGGGGGACGCGUCCUGAACGAAGUCACCGCAACAAUGUGGUCGAUCCCAACGCCGUGACAAUCGUCGUAGAAAAACUACCACCCGAAAAGGUCAACAUCCCAGACUUGACAGCAUACUUUGGCAAGUUUGGAACGGUGACAAACGUUGGGCUGGACACGCGAGGGAACCGUGCUCUCGUAUCCUUUGCUACCCACCAAGAGGCCCAUGCGGCAUGGAAAUCUGAAGAAGCCAUUUUCGGAAACCGCUUCGUCGUCGUGUUUUGGCAUCGACCGGCCCCAGGAAGAGGGGUCGCUGGUCAAAAGGCUCUUGAGGCUAGCGCGUCACAGGUUCAAAAGCUCAAUGCGGUCGCGAAUGGGGCGGAGGAUGUACAGAUGCAAGACACAUCAACAUCCACCGCAUCUGGAUCGACAUAUCCAAAGCCUACAGGCGGAUAUCCAUCAUCAUCUCAUUCAGGAGCAAAUACACAGCAAAAGGCGACACAAAUGUCACCGCAAGAGGUUUUUGAGUAUGCUCAGCGGGUGUGGAUGGACAAGAUGAAGGCCGUUAUGGACGUACUACAGUCAAGCACGGCGACAGAGGCCGAAAAGAUGGAAGCCAAGGCAAAGUUCAAGGUUCUCAAAUCUCAGAAGCCUCAACCACCACCCGCAACGCCCGCCCCAACAGCUAAGACGGAGCCGUCGUCCUCCAAGGAUGCCCUCGACUUGGAUUUGGAUAUGCUUGCUAGCGGCGCUGGUCAGAUGACACAAGAGGAAGCUCAACAGGCUCUUGCCCGUCUACAAGAGCUUGCCGCAGAACGUGGCCUGGAUCCUACUGCUGUUGACCAGGAGCAGGAAGGGCAGCCAUCGUAUGGAUAUCGUGGUGCAAGUAGUCGUGGACGUGGAUGGCGAGGUGGAUAUCGCGUGCGUGGAAGGGGGCGAGGACGCGGCGCGUUUGCACUGGCGAAUGCAUCGCUGGACAACCGGACAAAGAAGCUGCUCCUACAAGGGUACGAUGAAGCAGGUGUAACGGAUGAUCUUGCUCUGGAGAUGGCACAAAGUUUCUAUUUGCCGAGCGGUCAAGCUGAAGACGUUCAAAAAGCUGACUCUGGUGGACUCGUUGUCACAUUCAGCUCGAGAGCUUUGGCUGAACUGGCUUUGAGAGGAGGUCCACCGUCCAUCGAAGGACUCGGUAAACUGACCGUGCAGUGGUAUAAUUCAGCUUCCAACGAUAACCACAACGUCCCUGUGGCGUCGGCCAGGGAGCUUAGUCGAGAUGCCAGCACGGAUGCUACUCCCGAGGCAAUUUCGCGGCGACCAAUACGAGGGGACGACGAAGACCAUGAAUGGGAACAUGACGAUGAGGAUGAAACUGGAAGAAGGCGUCGCUGA